AUGGCCGCUCCACCUCCCAAGAAGCGGCAGAGGCGCCUUGUAGUCCAGUCGUCGGAUGAGGACGACACUUACCUUCCCUUAUCCUCUUCAAUCACAGCCCCAGCAAGCCAACGCGGUACGCAGACGCGAUUGACGACGACCGAGUCCCAGAUAGCUUCCGCUGCUAGCAAAGCGGAUACAUGUGCAGCUCGUACGCGUCGUUCCAAGCCUCAGCCGAAGAAAACCUCAUCUCGUGUUUCGAACAGCCGGAUACCUUCUACCCAAACGACCCCCGCGUCCUCUCCAGAUAAACGGAAGACAGGCAAAAGGCCAAUUUCCGAUAAAUCGUCGUCAUCGAAAUCUCUUCACUCGUUUUUCGCCCCUGCAACUGAGGAGCAGCGAUGGAGCAAGGCCGUGGAGAAUCAUACACUGGAUAUUGUCGAAGAAAUCGAGGACGAGGAAUGCGGAGAUGAUUUGUACAAUUGGACUAGUGCUCGUUCUUAUAACAACGAAGCGUCUCCCCAAAGAGUAAAACAUGACGAAGUGAACGCGGGCCUUACCAUUGGCCGACGGAAAGCGAGCGCCUACGAGGCACGGACUCAGGAUGAGAAGAGACCUCCAGCAAGAGAAUCAAAACCCGUGAAACGGUUUUUACUUCCCUCUCAAGCUGACCUAGGGACCUCUCCAUCGACGGUGGUGGGUGAUCAGUUGAAACCGUGGACUGAGCGAUUUGUGCCGACCAAUCUAGACGAAUUGGCGGUUCACAAGAAAAAGGUGGCGGAUGUUCAGAAAUGGCUGGUAGAUGUCUUCACUAGCCGAAGUAAGCGUCGAGUUCUUGUACUCAAAGGCCCUGCAGGCAGCGGGAAAACAACUACGAUUUCGCUGUUGUCGAAAGCCCUGGGUUACGAUAUCAUUGAAUGGAAGAAUUCUUCCGGGAUGGAAUAUUUAUCCACUGGAUAUAUUUCCAUGGGUGCUCAAUUUGACGAUUUUCUUGGGCGGAGUGGUAAAUUUAGUAAUCUAACGCUAUCGGAAGACCCAACGGCUUCCCAGUUUACUAUUGACGAGAAUCCCACUCCACCGGGGAAUCACAGGCGCGUCAUUCUUAUUGAAGAAUUUCCAACGUCCUUGAGCCAGGGUUCUUCGACCCUCCUCGGGUUUAGGUCAGCACUUCAAAGAUAUCUUGCGGCCGCUGUACCGUCCAUGGGGGUCAAAGGUUGGCUCCCGCAAUCUGAUAUUGGAUCAAGUCCACCCAUUAUCAUCAUCGUAUCAGAAACCUUGCUGGGAACCGGCGCAGCUUUGUCCGAUAACUUUACGGUCUAUCGACUUCUUGGUCCUGAGAUAUCGAACCAUCCCGGCGUAAGCAUCAUUGAAUUUAAUCCGGUUGCACCGACAUUCAUAACAAAGGCCCUAGACCUUGUUUUAAAAAAAGAAGCCCGAUCAUCUGGGCGGAGGCGGAUUCCGGGCCCUUCUGCUCUGAAAGGAUUCGCAGAUAUGGGCGAUAUUAGAAGCGCUAUUGCGUCAAUGGAGUUCUUAUGCUUACGAGGUGACGAAGAUGGGAAUUGGAGUGGAACCGUGGCUAGUCGAAUUAAAAAGAGCGGAAGAUCAGCAGCAGCUCUUACGAAUAUGGAAAAGGAAUCGCUGUUGGCUAUCACCCACAGAGAAUCCAGCCUAGGGAUAUUUCACGCCGUUGGUAAGGUUGUAUAUAACAAACGGGAGGAUCCAACAAUCACUGUGGCCCCAAAUGCACAGGCGCCUCAACCUCCACAUUACCUCCAUCAUUUUGCCCGACGGAAAGUAUCCCAAGUCUCGAUUGAUGACUUGAUCAAUGAAACUGGCACGGAUAUCCAGACUUUCGUUGCCGCUCUCCAUGAGAAUUAUAUCCUUUCUUGCGAUGGCGACGACUUUACAGAUCAUUUUGCUGAUUGCAUCGCAGAAUUAUCUGAUGCGGACAUCCUUGCGCCAGACAGCCGCAGGGGAUCACAAUUCACCCGAAAUGAGGCGGGAUUAGCUCGAUCAUCCGUUCAAGGCUCCGGGACGAGUGUUGAUCUACUGCGUCAAGACGAGAUCAGUUUUCAAAUAGCUGUGCGAGGAUUGUUGUUUUCGCUUCCUUAUCCUGUAAAGCGCCGGGGUGCUCCCGGCGCUUAUGGCAGCGAUGCUUACAAGAUGUUUUUCCCGACCUCGAUGCGUCUUUGGCGGGAAAUAGAGGAACAAUCCGGUCUUUUGGAUAUGUGGAUUCGCCGUUUAGCGUGCCCGACUUCAACUAAUCAGUCGCCUGGUUCCGCAUCACAUCGGGAAGGGAUAGCAUCCUGGGGUAGUCGUCAGGAGUUUGGUAUUUCGCCGCCUGAAGCAGAUGCGCCAGCUCAUUCUAUCGCUAGCGGGUCAAGCUUGUCUUCAGAAGAAGUCCUUUUAGAGUACUUACCGUACUUGAGACUGAUCACUAGAGAUCCAUCCACGAUCGCAGACCUCGAACGGUUAACGCAAUUCCGCGGUAUGGUUGGGCGAAAUAACGUUAUAUCCGACGAAGACCUGGGAGUACUUGAAGAUUUAGAAGUGGAACAUUGGGCCACAGACCCUAUGCCCCAGUCCCCACAGAAAAGGGGCAUAUCAAAUAGGAUGCCACCGCCACCGCGUCCCCCGGCUUUACGGGUUCGAGAGACAGCGCCUCAGGUUGAGGACGGAGAAGCAAAAUUGGUUCUUAGUGAUGACGAUAUUGAAGAUUGA